CACUUUCACAUGUGGUAUCUCCGCUCGUGCGGUAGAUUUUGCCCUAGAAGAGCCCGAUUCCUGUCCCGUCUGAGUUCACUGAUGCAGGUUUUCCGUCAGACCCUGAACCCGACUACGGGCCGGGCCGAGUGGACCGCCAUGGACGAGGACUACGACUAUAAUCAGGAGGUGGCGAGGUCUUCCUACACGGACAUGCUUCAUGACGAAGAGAGGAAUAAGAAGUACAAGGCCGGUUUGGAGCUGGCGAUCGGGCGUGUCCGUGGGCGGGGCCAGCGUGUGCACGUGUUAGACAUCGGGACUGGCAGCGGACUCCUGUCCAUGUUAGCUGUGCAGGCCGGGGCAGACAGGGUCACCGCUUGUGAGUGUUUUAAACCCAUGGCAGGAGCAGCACAGAAGAUCGUCAAGACAAACAGCUUUUCUGAUAAAAUCACAGUCAUUCCAAAACGCUCAACUGAUCUGACCGCGGGCCCAGGUGGUGACAUGGAGGAAAGAGCAAACAUUUUAGUGGCAGAACUCCUGGACACAGAGUUGAUAGGAGAAGGAUGUCUGUACACGUACCAACACGCACUCAAACAUCUGGUCACUCCAGACUGCAUCUUUGUGCCCCAUGCUGCCACAGUCUACGCACAGGUGGUGGAGUCAGACUUCAUGUGGAACUGGCACAGGCUGAGGGACCUACCAAUCACAGGUUGUGAGAAAGCUCUGGUCCCCUCAUCAGACAUGGAGGCCUGCAUGGGGGCUGCAGCAGUCCAUGAUAUACAGCUCAGCCAAGUCAAGCAGGAGCAGUUCAAACCCCUUACAGAGCCCAUCAAAGUCUUUAGAUUUGAGUUUGACAAGAAGAUGGAAUCACUUGAGCGCAGGACCGAGCUGAGUGUGAUGGUGACAGCAACUGGGCAGGCACAGGUGGUCCUGAUGUGGUGGGAUAUAGAGAUGGACCCAGACAGCUCAGUCCUACUGUCUGUAGCACCAUCCUGGGCACAUCCUACACCUGACAACAUGCAGUGGCGAGACCACUGGAUGCAGGCUGUGUACUUUAACCACCAGUCCAUUCCUGUAGAGAAAGGUCAACAGGUGGCGCUGCAUGGCAGACAUGAUGAGUACAGUUUAUGGUUCCAGGUGCAGAAGCAGGGGUCAACGACCUCCGCAGGGUCAGAGUUCAGCCUGGAGAGACCGGUGUGUCGCUGUGGGGGUCACAUGGUGUGGAGCCGCCCGCGCCUGGGCAUGCUGAACGACAGGAGCAGGUGGGGCACGUACGCAGCUGCGCUGAAACAGGUGCUGGCGCCUGGGCAGACGUGUGUGAGCGUGAGCGAUGCAUCAUGGGUACCGCUCAUGGCAGCACGGCUAGGAGCACAAGAGGUGGGUCUGCUUUAUUCUUCUGGUGGCAAAAACGACAAAAAAUGCCUCCACCAACAUAUAUACAGAUUGAUAGAGGCCAACAAUCUCCAGGGCAAAGUGCACAUAGUUCAGGGCUCAGAGGAACAGUUAGAGGCUGCACUUGAAGACAGGAAAGUUGGCAUGGUGAUCGCGGAACCAUACUACUCGUCCAGCCUCCUGCCGUGGCACAGCCUGUACUUCUGGUACGUCUGCACGCGACUCCGACACAAACUGCAAGGGGGCGCCACUGUACUGCCUGCACGGGCGGAGCUGGUUGCAGUAGCAAUGGAGUUUGAGGACCUGUGGAGGUUGCGGGCUCCCGUGGGGACCGUGGAGGGGUUUGACAUCAGCGUCAUGGACCAGAUGGUCAAGGACCAUUCUAACCAGACAGACGAGCGUGUGGAGCCCCACCCCCUGUGGGAGUACCCCGGGGUGGGGGUCAGCAACCCAGUCACUCUGAUGAACUUUGACCUCACGCAGUCUGUUCCCACAGAAAACUUGGUGGCCACAGGAGAAAUUCCCUUCACUUGCUCUGGCUCCUGCAAUGCAGUGGCGCUGUGGAUGAACUAUGACCUCUUGGGCGACGGCCGCCACACCGUGAGCACUGGGCCCCGCGCCCCCUACACGAGCGGCAGGCCACAGUGGGACCCCCACAUCAGACAGGGGGUGUACUUCAUGGACAAACCGGUUCAGGUUUCUGCAGAUUUCAGACUGGUUUAUCGUGUCACGUUCUCGCCCAAAGAUGGGCGGAUGGACUUCCAGUUUGAUAUUGAGAAUUCUCAGGGGAAGAAUUUAUAAGUCCAAAGAAGCUCAAGGACCACAUGGACCUUUUCAUUUCUUGGCCAGUCACCUUCUUUUGGAAACUCAUGCAGUGAUGUCAUCAUGCUACCUGUAGCUCUUUUCUCUAUAAUUUAACAGACAGACAGACACACACACAGACAAACAGACAGAUAGACAUAGGCACUCAAAGACACACAGGCACACAGAAAGAGACACAUAAAUGGACACACAUUCAAAUGCACACACACACACGCAUACAAAUGCACAAACGCACACACACGCACAUAUUGCAUUGUUAUGUGUUGGAACAAAAUUCAAUCAAUGAAAAGCAAUCUACUAUUUGUUUUAAUACAACUAACUAAUCCACUACUAGUACAUUAUUAUAUCUUGGUCUUUAACCAAGGACUUCAAUCAUGGAUUUCAAAGCCAAGAAUCUUCUCAAGUCUUUAAAUAUGAAGAUUUUAAAAGUGCUCA